GGAGAAUGGGUUACAACUUCCGACCACCUGGUGUUCUGGAGAGACUGUUCCAAGUAAAAACAGCGGACACAGGAGAAAAGACAGAGCUCAAGAGGUGCCUGACUUUGUUCCCUCUCAUGGUACAGGGUCUCGCUCACAUGCUCGGUGCAGGGAUAUUUGUGAUAACACCUUCGAUUAUACAGUCAGUGGCAGGACCUGCCACCUGUAUCAGCUAUCUUCUAUCUGGACUAGCUGCUGGCUUGUCUGUAAUCUGCUACUCGGAUCUUGCUUCUAGGUAUUCGUGCUCCGGUUCAGCUUACGUUUACACUUACUUCUCACUUGGAGAAUGUGCUGCAGCAAUAAUCGGUUUCUUCCUGAUCGGAGAGUUGAUCAUUCAGUCCCCCAUGUUAACCCUGGGGUUAGCUGACAACAUCGACCUCUUUAUCUUUAACGGGACUGUCCAUGCUUGGGAGGGGGAGUACUUCCCCGCCUGGUUCCUCAACACAGAACUGAUAGCUAUCGGAACUAUGGUCUGUUUCACUGUUAUCAACUUGUAUGGGAUUAAGAUUGUUGCUUAUAUCAACAUAGCAAUAGCGGGUGUGUCCGUGCUCACUCUCUUUACCUUCUGUGGAGUAGCUCUUGCUAAAGGCAGUGUAGAGAAUCUAUACAAAGUCGUUAACCCGGAAGACGGAAGAACGGGAUUUGCUCCCUUCGGCUUCUCGGGCAUCUUGUCCGGUGCUGGGAUUGCAUUCUUCGCCUUUGUAGGACUGGAAGCAGUUGUAACCCUGGGGGAGGAGGCGGUUAAUCCUAAGAGGGAUCUGCCCAGGGCUACUAUUGGUUCCUUCUUGAUGGUGCUGGUGCUUUAUGUGCUCACUGCAUUUUCAAUUGCUUUCUUUGUGCCUUGGUAUGAACUUAGUGGGAACACGGGGCUUAUUGGUUCACUUCGAAACAGAGGUUUCAAAGCAGCAGAGUACAUCCUAACAGUUGGUCUGAUAUUCACUGUAUUUGCCUGCGGACUCUGCAACCUGACAACAGUGGUCCGAGUGGUGUAUUCAGUAGCUGAAGAUGGUCUGGUCUUCUCUUUUCUUAGCGUUGUUAACAAGAGGACCCAGGUUCCCAUGUGGAAUGUGCUUGUGUGCGGGAUCCUGGGUAUUGGGACCAGCAUUGUUUACGAUUUUGAUACUCUGAGUCAUAUGAUCUCGGGCGGCACACUGAUGGUGUUCAUGCUGACAGCAGUAGCUGUGAUGAUCCUCUCCUACGACACCAGCGACCGGGAGUUACCGGUGACUAAGUCGGAGAAAACACGGCUAAUACCUCUGCCACAAGGUCGCUUCAACAUUAGCACCUCACGAAAGAGACACUUCAUCAUCUGCCAGACUGUGUUCUUCCUAUCAGCUAUACUCCUUUCAUGUCUCCUAACUUACUUCACCCAAACCACCUUGAUAAUCUGUAUGGAGUGUGUCCUGUUUCUCAUGAUACUUACUAGCCUCUCUUUGAUCCGGCUCAACAUCCCUCUAAAAGAAGGGGAGGAUUCCCUCUCUUUUAAAAGUCCCUUUAAGCCGUUUGUCCAGGGAUUCUCAAUCUUAAUCAACCUGCUCCUGCUGCUUCACCUGAAACCUGUUGCUUUGCAGCAACUAUCCAUAUACGCCGCCGUGGGACUUGUCGUUUAUCUUUGUUACGGAAUUUUCUUCUCCAAGAUAACUAACCGGAAACAGAACCAGUUCCUGAUACAGCUAACAGCUGAGUGUGAGGAUACCGACAAACUGGUCCCGGAUACUGCUGAUGGACUCCCGAAGUUACUUUCAUUUGAAAAGUCACUGUGAGUGUGACCGAUGCGUUGAGAGCAUUGUCCAGUACUUACACAGUCGCCUCAUUGCAGAGACUAUUCAUGACUGCUGGGUGCGCGAUUUCUCGACAGAUUUGAGGCACUACUACUACAUUGUACAUACUUCAAAUACUGAAAUGCAUCAGAUAUUUUAUCAACGGCUAGGAGAAUUAUGGACGGGCGUGCUCAGAGGUUAAUAAAUAAAGCCCAAAUUAACUUAUUUGUUUAAUUUUAAACAUUAAAGAAUGAAAUUAAAAUUGUAAAAUUGUAAUUUAUCAUAUCAA